AUGGCGGCGUGGCUGUGGAUGGCGGCAUUGCUCUGUGGUACACAUGCCGCAGUGCUACCACCACCUUGGGCUGAUGUCAAGAGGAAUCCUUGUGCAGCAUUGCCAAGAGGAUGGCUGAUGUUGUAUUGGCCGAAAGAUGGAAAAUGCUAUACAAUAUACAAGAAAGGAUAUCCAUGCCCUGAUACUCAAGAGUUAAGCCCUGGCCGAUGGGGAGGUCGGACUGUGGCUGAGUGUAAGUGUCCUCCCGGAACGGCGCAGCUGCCUCACACAAAUACCUGUCACAAACUCUUUGAGAGGGGACCCUGUAGACCUGGGGAAUACUUCGCGCCCGUCGAAGAAUCGUUCAACAAGCGAGGUGAACGUCAAGGCAUGUGCGUGAUACCUCAGCAAUGCGCUGACGAGACCUUGAUCUACUGGCCGGCUGAUGGCAAAUGCUACUACAGGCUGACUCAAGGACCUUGUUAUCCUGGGGCCAUUUUGGAUGUUGGGGCAGAUGGGCUAGCGAAUUGCACGUGUACACCUUCGAGCCCUAACUUUUGGUCUGCAGACAGCAGCUGUUACCCUCAUUACACGCGGGGUCCAUGUGAGAAAGGCCAGUUGUUCCUGCCUGGGUCUAAGUGUGGCUGCGAGCCAAAUUUACCCCAUUACCAUAAUGAAACAGCAUCUUGCUAUGAACUGGAUUCAAUAGGCCCAUGUCCCAGAGGUCACCUGUUCUCAAUCGCAGAAGUGGCACCACACGGCUCUAGAGCUGAGUGCAUAUGCAAGACUUUCCACGCUCGAGCAUUUGAUGGGGUCUGUUACAGGCUGUAUACGAGAGGACCCUGUGCACAAGAUGAGAUGAUUUCUAGGGGAGGAAGGUGUAUAAAGGUCCCCUGUGCACGAGGUCGGCUGUACGUCCCCGAACGUCGGCGCUGCUACCGGCCGGGCACCGCCGAGCCGUGCCCAGUGGGAGAAGUUGUGGCCUUCGACUUCGAGGCUCGCCCCGCCAUAGACGGGCUCAGUCAUAACGGAGUGUGUGCAUGUGGUAGUGGCGCUUGCAGUAGACGAGAAGUAGAUGGUUGCUCAAUGCGUAGAGGAACAGCGCCCUACAACGGGACCUGCCACAUCCUAAACACACAAGGACCUUGUCCCGAACAUUCCUGGCUCGUCAGGGACAGUACGAACAACAUCAGAUGCAAGUGCAAACCGGGGAGUGCGCCUCCUGACUGCGUCGAAGAUACCAGCCUCGUGUUAACGAGCUGA